CGGGGAUGUGGGAAUGGUGAUGAGUUGCAGUGAAGACUGGUGGGGUUUUGACACAGAGAGUCUUAUGCCCAGUGAGGUGGUCAUCAUGUCCAGCAACAAAGUCAACCGGUCUAACACCGCUGUUUACUGGCUUUACUACACAGGUUUUAGUUCCCAGACAGUAGAUUUCUCUGCUGGCAAUUCCCUGGGUUUCAGUUUGGAAAACCCAGAAAGGGCAUAUUUAGGAAAUGGGAACAAGUCCUUAUCUAGUGGAGCCAAAGAAGGAGUAAUCAAGUCAUUGCCAGGCUUAGCUAUUAGCCAAGAUGGAAGGCAUUGGGCAAGAAUAGAAGGGGAGCAUCACUCAGGGGCUCUGUUUGAUGCAGGUCAAGAAGGGGAUUGGGAUUCUCUAUUCAUAGCCUCACCGCAUGUUGUUUACCACGGGGUUGGUGACCUUAGGAUGUAUUACCAUUCGUUUGAUGCCGAAAACGGGUGUUUUGCGAUUGGGAUGGCGCGAUCAAGAGAUGGGAUAAAAUGGGUGAAACAAGGGAAGAUGAUAGGGGAAGGAGGUGUGGGGAUGUUUGAUGAAUUAGGAGCGAUGAACCCGAAUGUGGUGAGGAACAGGAAGGACGGGAGAUACAUUAUGGCCUAUGAAGGUGUUGGUGUGGAUGGGAGGAGAAGCAUUGGGGUGGCGAUAUCACCGGACGGUUUGAAGGGGUGGAGGAGGGUGGUGGGGUGCAAUCCUGUGUUGAGGCGAUGUGAAGGGGGUGAUGGUUGGGACUGUGAGGGGGUGGGUUCACCAUGCCUUGUUCAGAUGGACGGGGAAGAAGAAGAUGGGCAAUGGAGGUUGUAUUAUAGAGGAGUUGGGAGAGGAGGAAGGACUGGGAUUGGGAUGGCAGUGUCUAAUGGCAGGGAUUUUCAUAACUUUCAAAGAUGGACCGGGUUCCAUUUGUGAAACAAUACACAAUAUGGUGUCACUUGCCACGUUUAAUUUGUUUGGAGUUAUACAACGCCACAUUGAGGUUGUUUGUUUGUACACAUGCUAACAACAUAUAAUUUGUAGAUAUGAUUGUUCACAUAGUAUUAUUGUUACAUUUCUCUUACCC